AGCACCCUUAAUACCAGCCCACCCCUGACUCGCUCCUGUUUUGCGUGUAUAUAUAUCUUCCCUACACUCCUCAAAAGCUCACUCUACUUCCUCAAAACCCAGUUACCAUUUUGAACUAUCAUACUAAUUUAACUAAGGAGAGACAAUGAAGAAUGAGGUGGAUAACCAUGGUGGUUUUGUUGAAGAGUCGUCGAAUGAGGAAGACAAGAAAGGUUGGAGAAAAGUAUUAGAAUAUGUAUGGAGUUGGAUGGCUUACAAAGACAAGGAUAAAUGGUUGAAACAAAUGAGUGGGAAUUUGGGCUUAAUAGCCACACUCAUCGCAACAAUAACAUUUCAAAUGGCUCUUAAUCCACCGGGCGGCGUUAGGCCAGUUAAAGAUGACGGAGAUGCAACCCCAGAUAUUAUAGCAUGUACUCUCUUUGACAAUAAAGGAUAUUUAAUUAAUGACUUAAGCCUAUGUCCGGGUGAAGCUGUCUUAGCCGUUAUAUAUCCAGAUAAAUAUCAGCGGUUCCUUUAUUGGAACACUAUAUGUUUUGUUGCAUCACUAAGUGUUUUACUCUUGCUUAUGAGUGGACUUCCUUUGAAUCAUAGGUUUCCUACAUGGCUUUUAUCAAUUGUGAUGUGUCUCGCUCUCACAAGUCUUGCUUUUACAUACAUUACAGCACUAGAUAUGGUUACCCCAGAUCCUGUUUGGCAUAUAGCUCAUGAAAUUCAAAGAGUCUUGAUUUAUGCAUGGGUUGGAAUGUUAUCAUUCGUGGUUUUAUUCCUCACACUACGUAUCAUUAUUUGGGGAGUUAGAGCUUUCGGCAAAAAAGAUAAAAAGACAGUCACUCCAAAAAUUCCAAGAGAGAACACUCCACCGGCUUGAUUUAAUAUCUUGUUAUGUAUAAUAUUAUGUCUCGUUGUAGUCUGAGAUUGUUUUUCUCUUAUGGGUGAUAUAAUCUCAAGUUUGUGUUUUAUAUGUAAUAUAACUAUGUUAAGGGUAUUUGCUUUUAUGUGUAAUAUAACUAUAUUAAGGGUAUUUGCUUUUAUGUGUAAUAUAACUAUGUUAAUGGUAUUCGUGUGUAGGUUGUCUUUUAUAUGUAAUAUAACUAUGUUAUCCUUUGUGGUGUU